GAAACCGUUGAUUCCAUUUAAAAUGCUGGCCGUUUUAUUUACGUUAUUCGUCUACAUAAGGAACUUAUUCUACAUCAGUUUAUUAAUUAGUUAUACAGUUGGUGAAUCUAUUAUUGUGUUGUUAUUUUAUAUAUUAAAUUGCACAGUAUCCACUGUAGAAAUUACCUACACUGUACUGAAAGUUAUCUAUGAAGACUUUGGGAUAUUCGUGCUAGACAUUGUGGACAAGCUGAAAACUGUUAUAAUUUUAUCCCAUACAGUUAUCGAAAAGAUAUUCUCAUUAGAUGCAGCAGUCAAGUGGGUGCUCAACGAUUGUAUUUUAAGUUUAUUUUAUAGAAUCGGCCAGUUCUUGGAUAAGAUAUUUGCACUGUUACACAACACCUUGUAUGCUUUCAAAGAAUUAUUGGUUUUAAUUGGAUCUGGAGUUUGGUUUGCAAUAACUUUAAUCCCAUUUUCAUUAUCGUUUGGAGUCUCAUUACUAUCUUCUAUAAUUAAGCAAUUUAUUUAUGACACCUGCAUUCUUGCAGGUGAGAGCUUUAUAAAGCUAAAAGCCUUCCUUUACUAUUUGAUUGAUUUUCCUGCUCAUGUUAUUUGUGGUUUAGUUUGUUUUACCUGUAUAAUUGUUUCAGUUCACAAGUUCCGCAGAUACCUGUAUAGGAAAUUGACCAAAUGUUUAUUGACUGUCUGGAAUAAGACUGUAUUUAAAUUGAGAGAUAAACGCAAGAAAAAAGAAGUUGUCCAAAAACUUGCUGUUGAAGAGUCUGAAAAUGCCUGUUGCGUUAUUUGCAGGGAAAGACUGAAAUGUGUAGUUAUUUUACCUUAAGGCGCUGCCCGAUCUGCAGGACGUUCGUCGAAAACACGUUGACUGUUUAUGUAUAGCCUACAGUUAAUGUAGCAAGAAGACAUUGUGAUAUACUGUUUACAAUUUACUGCCAAAUAUGACUUUCGAUUUUGAAAUGUGUUUCCUGUGUAAUUGAUUGAUUGAAUAAAUAAUUUUAUAUUU